AUGGGCGACGAUAAUAAUAAUAUUUCGUUUUCUCCACAAUUGCCACUCGACAUUCUCUUUGAAAUUUUAAGUUAUGUAAAAGAUUCAAGCAAAGAUCUUUUGACUUGUUCAAGAAUCAAUCAUGCUUGGCAUAGAUUGAGACCGUUAUAUUUUCAUUCAACGAACCCUUAUGGAUCAUAUAUUCAAGUUCUUGAUUUAUCUGGAAUAGAUCUGAAAGAAUAUAUUACAUCAAAAUUACUUUGUUCAUUGUUUCCAAAUACUCCUAAUCUUAUUAAGAUUGAUUUAUAUAAUUGUUUCAAUGUCAAUGAUAAGGUAGUCGAAGUAAUAUCUGAGAGUUGUAGAGGUUUAAUUGAAUUAAGAAUUUUUGGAUGUACAAAAGUUUCUGAUAAAUCAAUGGCUUUCUUAAAAAGGUGUAGGCAACUAAGAGAACUUGAUAUUGGAUAUUGUAUAAAAGUUACAUCAAACGGUCUUAAAAUUUUAAUCGAUAAUUGUCCCAACCUUAUUUCACUUAGUUUUAUAAACUCUAUAAGAUUUGAAGUUGAUUCACUUAUCCCAUUAGGACCUGAUUUCAAAAAUUUCGAAAAACUUUUUCUAAGUUAUUGUAACAUUUCAGAUGGAUUUAUUGUUUCAAUAGUUCCAUUUUUAACAAAACUUCGUGUGUUGGACUUAGGUCAUUGUCUGUUAAAACUUACAAGUGAUACGGUUGAAAUGAUUGUGACAUCAUGUCCAAAUAUUGAAGAGCUUCAUAUUUCAUGUUCAGGAAUCGACGAAAAAGGGAUCAAAUUAAUAAGAAAAAAUUUAGAAAAUUUAAAAUGUAUAGAUUUAUCAAGAUGCAGGAUGAUAACAGAUGAAUUGGUUGAAGACUUGGUAAAACAUUGCAGAAGAUUAAAACAAAUAGAUAUUUCUAAUAAUAUUGGAGUUACAGGAAAAAGUUUUUUAAUUGUAGCAGAAAAUGAAAAUAUUGAAUAUGCAUCAUUUGAUGGUUGUUCAAUGGUUAAUGGUAUAUUACCUAAACAUCCACCACCACCUGGUAAUUCCAAAAUGAAAAAAUUAUCAUUUUCGUUCUGUGUAGAUUUAAGUGAAAUCACAUUACAGCAUAUACCUAACUGGUUUAAAGGAUUGGAAUAUUUGGCAAUUAAUAAUGUAUUAAUUACAUCUUGUGAUUCGUUUUAUAAUCUAUGUAAUCAAUUGAAACAUUUAAAAUACAUUGAUGUUCGAAAUACAGUUUUCAUGCAUAAUGACAUUUGUCUAGAAGAUUAUCCAUCAAUAAAGAUUGAAAUAUAA